AUGUCUCUCCCCACCACAGUGGUGGACUAUAUCCGCCACGAUGACAACCAGCCCAGUCACCGUUCCAGUGCCAUAGACCUCGGAAAGUCGCUACAAACCACAUUUGUGCAGGAGGUUACAAGGAGCGAACCAUCAAUUGGAAGGGUCGAGGCGAGCGCUUCAGACGAGUUCAAGCUGCCUAGUCGUCGCUCGCUGUUCGUCGUCAUAUUUGGGAAUGCUUUAUUCCAGGUCACUUUCUUCAUCAUUGUCUCAUCUGCAAGCGCCUAUGCAGAACACCUGGGCGGUACCGCGACCUUUUCUGGUCUAACUAUCGGUAUCCCAACCGUUUUCUCUGGCCUCGCUCUCCUCGUCACCACCCGACUCGACAAAGGACGCUACAACGGUUGCUUCCAAUUCGCCUACCUCUGCGCCAUCCUCGGAAACAUAACCUACGGCCUCGCCUACCGCGCCAACUUCCUCUACCUCAUCCUCAUCGGCAGAUGCAUCACCGGCUUCUCCUUCAUCUGCUUCAUGUACCACAAACGAUACUGCGCAGACCCUCGAAUCGUUGGAAUCCGCAGACGAACCACUUUAGCUAGUUGGUUAGUCCUCGGCCAGGCUUUCGGGUUCUCAGCGGGUCCUUUCCUUGGCGGAGUGCUUCACAAAAUCGGGUUCGGGAAUCGCGUGUUUAACGGGUACACAAGCCCAGGAUGGAUCAUGGCCGGAGCCUGGUGUCUAUUCUGGCCGCUCAGCAACUGGUUAUUCGAGGACGCCCCACCACGCCCUGCCCCAUCCCGUUCCACAACCCCGCCCCCAACAUCCACACCCAUACCAACCACAGGCAUCGAACUCCCCACCCUCUCCCAACCAACCUCUCGUUCCCCCACUCCUCCUCCACCUCCCCCAUCAUGGCGUGACCUCUCCUGGCGCCAAUGGGGCGUAACUGCCUGCAUGUGUUGGUUCGCCAUGACCUGCUUCAACAUCCUCGGAGCAUGGGAAUCAAAUAUCCCCGUCUACUCCGCCAUCGCGCUCGGAUACUCCCCUUUCCAAGCCGGAAACUUCAUCGCCCUAGGCGGGAUAUGCACCCUCCCCUUCCUCCUUCUCAACGUCCGGUACGCACGAAAGUUCCAAGACCGAACCACCCUCGCUACAGGCACCAGCCUCGGAUUGGCAGGUCUCUUGAUCAUGCUCAUUCUAAUCAAAACCGACAAAGUCAGUUUCGGGCCUUUCUUCGUGUGUUGGUUCUUGGUAGCUCUGGGAUUCAAUCUCGCCAGCACCUGCACUCUCAGUUUACUAUCAAAACAGCUGCCAGACGAAUGGGUAACAGGCGUGAGCAUGGCCAUCCAGUACAGCAACUACACAGGACGUGUCACAGGAGCAGUUCUAGGAGGCGCAGGUGUGAAGAUCGGAAUGCCAAACUACCUCGGAAUCCAAAUCGCAAUUGUAGGAUUCGGAGGAGUCAUGUACCUCGUCCUCUGGAGAGACCUCAAGGCCAAGACUGGAUAG